UAUAUAUAUCUUGUUUUAUAUAUAUAUAUAUAUAUAUAUAUAUAUAUAUAUAUAUAUAUAUAUAUAUAUAUAUAUAUAUAUUGUCUCCUUUGUGAGAGACAGUAUUAGAUAAACAAGAUGUACUUUUAAAGGACAAUACAGAUCUGGGUGAUCAAACCAUCAUAACCGUCUACCUGAGUGUAUAAAGAAUGUUUGUAACAACUUUUUCCCUACUUUAAUAUUUACAUAUCAUUGUAAGUAUAAUUCCCAUAUGGCCUGGAGUGAACUGAACAAAGGGGUUAGACUUAGUAAGUUCUGGUCACAGCUGCCGAUCAAACUGUAUUGUAAUAUGUCAUAUUUAAUAAUUAAUUACAUCAGUAAAUGCAGUUAUAAGCAUUAACUAAAAAUGUACUGAAAAAUUAUUUACAGUUAACUAAUCGAUUACUAAUUUACACAUAAUUUAAUAAGGUUAGGGUUAGCCCCCUAAUUGGUAAAUUAAUGGUAAAUUAUUGUAUCCUUAUUGUAAAUUACUUUUUUACAGUAUGUACAGAUUCUGCUGAACAUUUUUGUGGGAAAGCGCCUGCUAGAAAUGCAAAACUAGUUCUUGGCAGGCACAUUCCGGCGAAUUUGGCAGAAUAAAGUGACAGAGAAAUUAUUUUGGUAACGGAUGUAAGCGUUAUACUCACAUUUUAUGUGAGUACCUAUAAAUAUUCUCGAUUUUAUAAUAACAUUUUUAUAAAAUCGACUUCCAAAAUGUUACGUGUUGGUCUGAAGUUAUUAAAUUAUCACAGGACACAUGCUUUGCAGCAAUUUUGUCAAUGUUUUUGAAUAAUUAGAUUUGUUAUUUGCGCUUUCGGAAGCGAGUAACUGUUCCACAACACGUCCAUUGUACCGACAAUACCUCAACCGCAUCAUAUGGCUAUGGUAUAUUAAGAUUACUCAAGAACAAAUCGUUUUUGAUAUGGAAAUGAACUACAUGGCGGGAAAAAUAAUUGAAAAGUUGACUAAUCACAGUCUUCUUUUUGUCUGGAAUCAAUUGCUGGUCUGAAUUGUAUUCCUACUAAGGGAUGGGCAAACAUUCCUUUCCCUAACACAUAUGACCUGGCUACUUCGUGGGCUCUGUGAGACCUUGUUUAUGAAGGGCAUCAUAGGACUUUAAUAACCCUACAAAUGUGUCAAGAGUGAUAAUUCUCUUGACACAUUUGAUUGACUUAACUUGUACUGUACAAGUCGAGGGCAGUGCAGUGCCACAGUGCAUGAAUGUAAUCAGAUAGUUAGCAUAAUGUUAAUAUUACAUAAUAAGUGUGAUAAGUGUUUGCGACGUGUGCUCCAACCGACAUCCAACCUGUCUGCAUGAGGAGCGAUCUAAAGAGCAACAAACACAACCACGCACUGAAAGAAAUACAAGUAAAGAAAAGCCCUGAAAGAAAUACAAGUAAAGAAAAGCCCAGACCAAGUCAAGAGAGGAACAAUGAAUUUACUCAAUCAACACAACACCAAGGGGUAUUCACAGCUGCUACUGCCAACAGAGUGCUAUUAGAGGGAGUUACAAUAAGGGACUGGAUUGCAACACAGCAGUAUUACAAAGCUGAGUCAAUGUGGGCCGUUGUAUUGUUGUGGCCAUUACUUCUAAUGUAAGGAUUCGGUUAUGGUGACUUUAUAAUCUAAUAAUAAAAAUAAUAAUUGAUCAGUUUUUUAUAGCGCUUUUCUAAGUAGCCUACUCAAAGACGCUUUACAAAUAAGAAAGGAAUACAUACAGACAGUACAGACAAUCAAACAAAAGAAAAAAAAAUAUGAAGACAUAUGUCCUAUGUUUUGUUAAAACUAAAACGACGAUUGUAAUAUAGUUACCAAUUAAAUGCAGAAUCCAAAUCCAUAUGAAUUGUAGGUUGCUCACAUUAUUAUCACAAUCCCUUCAUUCCACAGUUGAAACUGGCAUAUCGAAUUGAAAAAAAUAUUUGUAUUUUAUACAAUGUAUAGUACAGCACAGACCCUAUUUGCACCCAUGGGCUGCAUCAAAGGUCAAGCAUUGUGGUGCACCAAAGUUGCAAUAACUAUUGUGGACGAAGCCAGGGCGGGAAAAUAAAAACAUUUGUCUUCAGCGAGGACGCCAUCGUGUGUUCAACGAUGCAGUUAAAACGCGACAUUAUUUCGCCAAGCUCAGUUCUGGAGCGCGUUAAGUGUUUCAAACGUGUUGACAUUAUAAUAUUUCAAAAUGAGUAACCGUACAGUAUCUCACAGUAUCACGUUAAUUGUUAUCGUUUCCGUAUUGGCCAGCAAGGAGUCAAUCAGCUGACCCUAAUCAGCGGAGAGUUUCAGUGGAAGCCGGGUUCAAGCGAGAAUACUCGGGUACAGGUAUGGUGCAUUAUCAUAUUGUGUGCGUUCAUGAUAUUAACUCAGACAUACAAUUAUUAUUUGCUUGAAUAUCGCUAUUGAUCAAAGGCCGGUUUGGUCGUUUCAGCCUUGUUUGUUUAUCCGUGGGCGACUGCUAUGUCAAGCUGCCGUUGGCCAACUGUUGCUUUAAGUAAAUAACUGUAACUUUCGGUCUUUCAGCACCAUGGAGCUCAGCACUGGUUCGACACUGUAAUUGUCUUGAAUGCGCGUUUAUCUGCUUCUGCACCUUUUGACGCGCCAACGUCUGCGCGCCAAAAUAUCCACCAUUCAGAAUAAACUUCUCACAGACCCCACUCAGCGUCAUGGUGUCGGGGCUUUGAAGUUUAAUUAGUGCGUGAACAGACCUUCAGAUGUGUCAUUAUGAUAGUCAUAAGUUUAUUUGACACAUUUGACCUCACAUCAUCACAUGGACUGUAUAGUCGAGGAUAAUGCACAAUUUACGCCACAUGAGAAACAUUCAUCUUUAAUGCAAAAAGUAUCAAUUCAUUUCGAGGUUAAAUGUGACACAGCCCAUGUGUAUCUACAAGUCUUCAUGAAGAUCCCAUCCUUUAUGCAGUGGAUUAAGAGGGUGAUGAAAAAAGGGUCUAGGUCAUCCACCUUAACCUUUUGAACAGUAUCCCUGCAUUUUUUUUUUCUGUAAUUAUUGCUAGUGUGUAAAUUCAAUUGUUCAUUGACUUGCUUUUCAUUUUACCACUUUUACUGUCGAUUUGACGACCCCAAGUGUCCACGUUUUCAUGAGUAACUGCUCCUUUACACUAGGUACCCUAGGUUAGAAAUAGCAGUACAGUAUAACUGGACAGCCUCAAACGACCACUGCUGAUUGGUCUACAUUGGUAACAAUAUACUGUGACUACUAUGACCUGGCUACCUCAUGGGGUCUCUGAGGCCUUGUGUUGGUGACCUCUGUGUGGAAACACCUUUGAGUCAUCAUACAUUGGUGAUAUAAACACAAUCAAAUUAGACAAUCUUUAUUGAAAACAUCAGUCAUUAACUUGCUAUUCAUUUUACCAACUAUGAACCACUGGAAAUAAUGAUUGCCUCUAUACACCAUUGUGAUAGUUUCAGUUAUAUAUUUACAAGCAAUGGAGUUUGGACACCAGUUUGUGGUUGCACAUUCAUGUGUUCUGGUGGACCAAGCUAAACCUUUCAACUUUCACCGCUAGACGAAAACCCCCUGAACAGUCUGCCGGGAGGCUGUAGAAGUGCCACGUCAGUCAUAGUGCAGGCUUUUAAAGUUAAAACGUUUCCGGUCUGUAAAACCUGCCAUCUGCCAAAAAAAACAAAGAGAUCAUAAAAAGAUUAGUCCAUAAUGCAUGAUUUUAUUGGAUAUGUUGUGCAGAAGGAAGUUGAGGGCAUUAACCAAACGUACCUGACUCGGGUCUCUUGUAAAGUAUCUCUUCUCAACCACCUGGUAAAGAGUAAGUUAAUAGUCAUUAACUUAGUGUUGAGCCACAGUCUACAACAUUUGACACAAUGUAGAAUGAAUGUGAAAGUAAAGUAAACAGUAUUGGUCCAUCUUAUGAAAGCCAUAGAGCUGGUCACAGUAGUGUACAAACGUAAUGAUAAAAAUAUGGGUUUGAUCAAAGAUUUAGCAUUUAUUAACAAUUACCUGAUUUUAAUGCGACAACCUUAAUUUUUCAGUAGCAGGAUGAAUAAGGGAGGAACUCUCACCUUGUCGAAGAACCGGCUUAGCUUGACAGCGUUGGACGUGCCAGCAGCAAGGUACCGCGGGUUGGUGCAGUCCUGAGAGAGGAGAAGAUCUCACUUUAGGGUGAACUACAAACUACAAUGGAACUAUGACCUUUUGGAGCUGAGUCAAUGUGUCAAUGUUCCCUUUCUACCCAACAAUCAUUGCUGUAAAAUCCAGAAAAACCUCUGUUCCAGUCCCACUUUAGGACUCUCAUCUACCCAUUAUCAAGUUGUCAUGAGCGGGGACCUACCAGGUUGAUCUCUUCUGCGUUGAAGUCCUCAGACAAGAAGGCGGUCCGGUUCAAGACGUCGCUGCGCUUGUUCUCCGGGAUCUGGUCAAACUUGGUGCCGAUCAGCAGCAGAGGCACUGGGUUCUCAGCAAACUGCUCGCGGUCAUAAUCACUGCUGAUGUUGGUGGGAGUGCACAGGAAUCAAAGACAAGUAUCUGCUGUUUUAACUACUGUACUGUUGCCCUGAACCUAAGCCCAGCUAUGCACUGGUACUUUAUCUUCGGUUUAAUUUGUGUUACCCGUUAGAGACGAUGACCCCUGUGGGUGAGGAGUCCUUGUUAAGGGCCUCCAGUGACCAUCGGUAGAGGUUCUGGGAGGAUUUCUUGUUGGUCAAGUCGUGUACUAAAAUAAUACCUGAGGGAAAACAUACUAAAGCCUUUAUAUAGUGCUAGGAAGAAAUCAUGAAAUUGGAUAUUAUACCGAUUUUUAUUAUCAUUCUCCUUAGUAGGACGAAUGUCACUAGCAUGAAUUAUAUUUUGAUCAGUGAUAUAUAUUUUUAAUAACACAUUAAUAACGGACAUUUCCUUUACCAUUAACUGAAUUGUAGAAGACUGCUCGGGUGCUCUUGAUACUGCUAACACAGCCCACCGAGCCUCCCACAUCCCAAAGCUCAAUGUAGUAGGUUUUCUCUUCUGGGGUCCCCUCUUUGUAGUCAUGAAUCUGGAAACGAAUAGAAAAGGUCUCCACUACGUAUGCAUAACUGUUUGUACUCAGUGAGAAGGCAAUUGUAAGGCAUAUAGAUGUAUUAUACAUUUUCAUCAACAACCGAGACAGCUGUGUCACACAGUUCGUGGAUCUGUUAGGUUACGUUGAUAACGCCAUUCGGAAAUCGACAAUUAACUGAGUUUCCGGGCAAUACGCGUUUGCAAACUCGUCUUGGGAUGUCAGGCUUGUAAUCUACAGUAUUUUGGUAUCACUGACAUUAGCCAAGUCUUACCCGAACGUCCAGGGAGCAGCCUACAGUCCAGGACGGGUUUCCUAAAACCUGGUUCUGACAUAGGAGAUGAACCAGUGAAGAUUUCCCACAACCUGCAACAGACAUACGUUUGUUAACUGCCGAACAACGAGAUAGAAGGCAAUUACAAAUUGCACGAACGAGAAUGACAUGUUGUCAACAUGGUAUUGAUGUUAAUGCUUGCUAGAAACUGGACAUUGCACCCAUCAACUAUCCCGACAUCUCAAACACAUAGUCAAACUAAGGCGUAUUUGCCAUCGCAAUCAUCGCCAAAACCUUAAAAGAGCUUAAAAAUAUUAAACGCAGUAUUCUACUAACCCGAGUCACCCAACACUAAUACUUUGACUCGAUCAAGAGAUGCCAUGUUUGACAAUCAUGGAUGUAUAAAGUGAAACACCAGCUCCCGGAAGAGCCCCCGAUAAUCCCGCCUUCCAAAUAUAAGCCUUAGAUUCCAUUGGUUCUAAACAACUACUUCCGUAGAGGCGGGUCCAGUACACUCUUCUCCGGUUGGUCGUUGAAGCUCAGAGUGACACGGUACCCAAUCGCAAACGAGAACCUCUUUUGUUUACGCCGGUUAUUUCCUGGUUUACUUCCAGCCGCACCAGCCAGUAGCAUCACGUUGUUAGCCACAUGAGUCCCCAUGUCCACGAGGUGUGAUCUACAUGAUGCAUGAUCAGGAUUUCUGCUCACUAUUGAAUCUCUAAAGAGUUCUCCCACAUGGAUUCCUCGUGCAGAUAAACAUCAUUCCAAUCCUUGUCAGAUCUUACUUAAUCCUUUCUAACUAUCGGUAGGUCACAGUUUGAUCCCAUAUAUACUGACCUGGAAAGGUCCACACAGCCACAGUACCAUCUAUCAACAGCAGAUAGUCGGGCCGCCACAGAGUAGAAGAUGACUGAACCAGAGUUAUUGACCGAAGUCCCCGCGGCUCUGAAGCGCCUGGCCAAGCAGGUGGUGCGGGGUUUCUACGGGAUGGAUCAUGCACUCGCCUUGGACGUCCUGAUCCGCAACCCCUGUGUGCGGGAGGAGGACAUGCUGGAGCUGCUCAAGUUCGACCGCAAGCAGCUGCGCUCGGUGCUCAACACGUUGAAGGGCGACAAGUUUGUCAAGUGCAGAAUGAGGGUGGAGACGGCCCCGGACGGCAAGACAACGCGCCACAACUACUAUUUCAUCAACUACAGACUGCUGGUCAACGUGGUCAAGUACAAGUUGGACCACAUCCGGCGCCGCAUCGAGACGGACGAACGGGACUCCACCAACCGCGCCUCCUUCCGCUGCCCCUGCUGCUUCUCCGUCUUUACGGACCUGGAGGCCAACCAGCUGUUUGACCCCAUGACAGGGACCUUCCACUGCACCUUCUGCCAGACGGAGGUGGAGGAGGACGAGUCGGCGGUGCCCAAGAAGGACGCCCGGACCCAGGUGGCCCGCUUCAACGAGCAGAUCGAGCCCAUCUACGUGCUGUUGCGCGAGACGGAGAACGUCAACCUGUCCCAAGACCUGCUGGAGCCCGAGCCCUCGGAGAUCCCCGCCCUCAAGCAGAGUCGUGACCGCGCCGCUGCGCUCCUGGGCGCCUCGGGGCCCCAGCGCGAGGCCUGGACCAGCAAGGGCCCGUCGUACGGCGACAUGUACACCCAGAACGUGGUCAUCAGCAUGGAGGAGCAGGAGGACCAGCGCCGGCAGGCCAACGAGGGCAAGCCCGUCAAGGAGAAGAUCGUGUGGCUGACCCAGAGCACUGUGCAGGGAGCCUACAGCGAGCCGGACGCCGCCAAGAACCCCGGAGAAAUCGCCGGCAGCCAGGACGGCGCCGGGGCCCACGGAUUGGACCAAUCGGACGAGAACGAGGAAGUGAUGCGCGCCCUCCUCAUCCACGAGAAGCGGGGCGCGGCCGGCGCCGGCGGAGGCGGAGCGACCAGCGGGGCGAGCGCCGCGGCCGCCGCCCGCACCCUGGCCACCGCCGGCGGCAGCGACUCGGACAGCGACACCAGCGAGUCGGACGACGACAAGCCCGCGGCCCCUCCCCUCGUGGCGGCGGCGGCGGCGGCGGCUCGACGUGCCGGCGGCGGCGGCGGCGGCGGGGGGGCGUCCAAGCGGCAGCACCAGGAGAUGGACGACGACGACGACGACGAGUUCGAGGAGGUGGGCGACGAGCCCACGGUGAUGGUGGGCGGGAAGUCGUUCUCCUACCGGGAGGUCAGCCAGCGGCCCCAGCUGGUGGAGCAGAUGAGCGCGCAGGAGAAGGAGGCCUACAUCGAGAUGGGGCAGAACCUCUUCCAGGACAUGUACUUCUGAGGAAGACGCACAAACGCUCGCGCACGCGCACACACGGCUGCGUAAGAGGAUGGGCUUGAGGCGGGACGGGAGAGGCGUAGCGAUCGGGUUUCGUCGCCUGCCUUCCGCUAGGUCGUCCAUGCUUUAAGUAUUGUGUCCCCGGAGUAUUCCCUCAAGUCGACGCUCUCGACUUGGAGGACUUGACUUGGGAAUCGGCAGGCUGCCUUUUUUUUUUUUUACUGAGUGCCAAUUUAUACUUUUGGUUUGUUUUCGUGGGGCUUCUGGUAUUUGUACAUGCUUCGGUCUGAGUACCACAAUAUGGUCCCGACGUUUUUUUAGAAGCCUUCCAAAAUCUGAAGUGUAAUUGCUGAAGAUAUGCAGAAUCAUGAUGGUUAUGUUUGACUUGAGCAGAUGAAUAAACAAGAUGGGGAACAGAUGUUUGUGUGUGUGUUCCUAUG